AUGCAUUCCGGAGAUACACCAAGGCGUCAUCUUCUUCGUCAAGAGGAGCAGCAAGAGGAGAGUCCUGCCCCCUCCAGCAGUAACCCACAGAGACAGGAAGUUGAAGGAGUAUUGGAAUUGCAAUCCAAUUUUACUACCAACGCCACAGAUAAUCAUCGACCUCAAACAAUGACUUCAGGCAGUUCUACGACCACAUCAGCUACUAAUACAACCACUUCUUCUUCCUCUUCUUCGUCUACCUCCACAUAUAAAACCUGUGGAAUUCGACUGAAGCAUAGUCGGGUUGCCCCCCUUGGUGGAGGUUCGACUACCUCAUCUUCCACUGAGGACUCGGAGGCCAGAGAGCGGCGCUUUGGGUCUAUCGAUUUGCAACACCCUCUGCCGUUGAAUACUGCGACUAGUGGGGCGACAGGACAAGAAAUGGUUAAGAGGCAGUUGACAAUUGAUGCACAUUUGAAGCAGGCAUUGCUUGCGGAUUUCAACCUUCCAAGCCUCUUCCAUUCCCCUGCUGUGCUGUCUACCUACUUUCCUCGUCUCCUUCCGACGCGUUCCACGGACUCCCUCCAUCCACCCAACCGUUUCAUCGACCCUCUCACCACAAGUACCACCGUCGGUCCUUAUCAUAUGAGACGUCUUUUGGGACGAGGCAAUUUUGCAGUUGUCAAGUUGGCCACACACACACAAUUAAAUGUUCCAGUUGCGGUGAAGAUCAUCAAUAAGGAAUUGGUUGGUGGUCAGAAUCUAACCAAAAUAGCGCGCGAGUUGGAGGCAAUGAAGCGGUGCUACAGGCAUCCAAAUAUUAUCCGUCUCUACCACAUCAUGGAGACUGAUGCUAACAUUUACAUGGUGAUGGAGUAUGCUAGUCGUGGGGAGGUUUUCGACUUUGGCUUCUGUAACUUCUUUACGCCCGAGCAUCUCCUGACAACACACUGUGGCAGUCCACAAUACGCCGCCCCAGAGCUCUUCAAGGGCGAAUCCUACGACGGUCCAUUGGUAGACGUUUGGAGUCUCGGCGUAAUUCUCUACAUCCUCGUUUGCGGUUCCUUUCCUUUUCCUGGUGAAUCUCUCGGCGACAUUCGAAGCCAAGUUCUUCGUGGUCUUGUCCGGUUUCCCUUCUUCCUCUCCUCUGCCUGCGAACAAGUCAUUCGUGGAAUGCUACAAGUGGAACCAUCAAAACGUCUCCGACUUGCGCAAGUCACCACCACGCCAUGGAUGCAAGCUUCACCCAACCUUGCGCACUACACAGGUCUCCUGGCCCAGUACACCUCUAAAGCGCGCCAGCAACAAGCGGAUCUGCUUCUUCAACAACAGUUUCCUGAGCACAGUUCGGUGGUUUCUACCACGCGAUACCAAAGGCGAAUGGAUAGUUUGGACGGGGGUUUGGUUAGAGCUCUUGCUCUAGCCACUGGGGCAAAUGAAGAGGAGAUUCGACGAUCUACAGCACAACGAUGUUUCGACAGAUUGCAUGCAGGGUACGCGUUGCUGGUGGAUAAGAUGAUGAGAUUCAUUGCAAAUCCAAGACUCCGAGAGGUGGUAGAGACGUGGAUAAGGAGCAGUGCAGUUGUUACGACGAUGACUGUGUCGACGACGGUAGCACCCGUUUCUCCGACGCCCACAGGGGUGGAAGAGGCCUCAGCAACUGUGCCUUCGUCCACAGCGAAAUUGACUAGUUGGAGAGAGGUGGCGGAGGAAGAUGAGGAGGAGGAGGAAGAUACCACAGCAUCGCCUGAGGUUCAACAGAAGUCAAAGUUUGAUGAGGACGAGGAUGUCUCAAUUACAGCUUCUGCAGUUCAAAAUCUCUCGGUCAGUAAAAGUCGGGCACUAGACAAUGUGGAAGUUGGUGAGGGCGACAAAAGUGUCCACGGAAGUGUGGAGUCUGCUCCAAUCUCGCCCGCGUCGACAUCGGAUUUGCUCAACUCAUGGGUGGAUGAUUUUCGGGCCAGAAGGACGGAUGUACGAAUUGCACUUUCCAUUCUGCAGGUAGGAGCCUCCGUCGUUGUAGCCUGCUUGGGGAAGCACUUGCAAAAGACGACUGACGAGACUCAACUUUUGGAGGAGAUCUCGGACAUGGAACCCGACUCCACCUCGAAGAAUAUUCGACGUCACACAAUCCAGCUUCCAGGUCCAGUAAUUUUACACCACCUUCCUGACGACUUGCAGACACGGAACGUGGAUCAACAGCUAAAAGGUGACCAUCAGCAACAGGAGGAGGGGGGAGUAAAUCCAAAUUUAACGGCCGGGGGAGGAGGGGAGGUGGGAACUGCAAUGGGAGCCAAAAAAGGCUCGGUUGGAGGGCGGUUUCCCCGACAGACGACACAACCGGAACUUGGGUCCCGGAAGCCGGGGCUUCAACGUGAAGCCCCGGGAAAUAUGGUCGGUGAGAGCAAUUUUCACUGGUUGCCUCUGGUUAGCGUCUCCGAGGCAACUGCCAAAUUCAAUAUCACCGAUGUGAAGGAGCUCUCUCUUGACCUGGGUCAGGAGGCGGCGAAUACCCAACCGCCUCCACGAACGUCACCACUACCGACGAACUUUGAGGAGUUGACGGAACCGCCAAGACAGUCACCAAGUCUGCAAAUCAACCUUACCGCUGAUCACCCUUCUGCUGAUAUAUCCAAGAUCUCAUUGUCGACAGCGCAGUUUGGUCCAAAAAUGCUGGGUGAAGGCUUCAACGUCAGUGAAACGUGCUGGGAUAACUUGCCGCAUUGUUCCACGAGAGAACCACUGCCACAACUUGACCUGCCAGCCUGUAUUCCUUCGAUGAGCCAUCAGCCAGUUGCCCUAUUCACUUUUAAAGAUCCUAAUCUCCUUGCUCCGCCGGAGUUUAUGACUCCAUAUUCUUCCAGUUUUCCUCGACGUUCUUCCGAUGGUGCCGCGGACAUGCCAACGCUGCACAGACCCUACCCCCUCUUCGGUGGAAGCUAUCCAGAACAGGCGAAUUAUAGAACAGAAUCUGCUUGUGCUACUCAAAUGCCAUCUGAACCUCCUGAAGGUCAUAUGACUGAUGAAUCUACUGAACCAAUGAAUUUAGAGCACAUUGAAAUUGAGCCUUCGGAGUUGACCAAUCAACAAGCGAGAUCGUGUGUGGCCCGUCAGGAUACUCUUACCACUGGUAUGCGGGUGAUUCCGGCGCAGAAAAGGUUUUCACUGCCUUUGAGACCAGCUCCUUCGCUUGUAGAGCAUUUUUCAGUUGACAAAGAAAUGGGAAAAAAUUACGUUUGUUGUUGCGAUCAGUUGGUCAACAACUUUCUGGCCGAAAAUCAAGGAAAAGUCAGCCUAGAAGCAAUCAACGCUUUCAAGAUUUCUCUCCUUCAACAGGGCUCUGUCGGCCCCCUAGGCGUCUCAGAAGGAACUGAAAAUCAUGGUCUAGGAGCUCAUAAGAGCAUAACUAUGCGCCGGGGGUCAGAGGCCACCCAAAUGCGCAUUUGGAACCAGCGUAUUGCUCAGCUCUACGGAACGUCGUACACCCCACUGCGUCGUAAUGCAUUUUCGCGAUGGUUGAGCUACGAAACAAGGGACCAACUGGAGGCGCUUUCACAAGUUAAGCGUCAGGAAUUGCGUGCAAGUGCAAGUGCCAACGUUCCAAAAGCCGUCCAAUUAGAACGGUCUGUUGAAACCCAACGCGCAGGCAGUGUUCCUUUUGCCCAUCGUCAUCAAAAAUCCCCCAAACGUAUUGCAAUUUGCCGCGUCGAUAGCCAACAUUCUCUUGCAAUGGCAGAGUCCUCUGAAAGCCCAGAUCUUGGUGCCUCUGUGUUGAAGAGAGCUGGGAGGGAGGGCGAUGCAUUUAGGGGCUUCCGCCCGCAUUCCUCGUGGAAUGAAAAACUGACCGCCGGCAAUCGUAGACGACAAACACUACCAAGAAGCAAAUCUCAAGUCUCCUGGACUGAUGUUAAGCGAUGCGAUUCCAUUGGCCUGAGGAAUACCCUUGUGGACCCCGCAGCAAGCGAAAGCCUUCUUAACGGAAAAGCCAUGACAGAAUCGAAGGUCCCUGACGGGAACUAUCAAAAGAAAGCUUUCUUGGCUUGUUAUCUACCCAAACUGGUCAGAUUGGUGAUAAGGAACAGACGGACGGAAGUACCUUCAACUACUGAGUUGACUCUUCCUCUGGCAACUCCUAUGGAUAUCACGCCUUCAGGCGAGGUGGAGCCACCCUCCACCUCCAUCCCCAGCCCCACCUCCUCCGCCACUUCCAUCGCGAUCCCUGCCACCACUCAUGGUGGACGUCGCAGGCAGCCAAACGUAGUGGAGCGCAAGUUCAACCUCGACUUUCUCACCAGUCCCCGUCACAAGGUGAGCCAGACGGAAGUACCUUCAACUACUGAGUUGACUCUUCCUCUGGCAACUCCUAUGGAUAUCACGCCUUCAGGCGAGGUGGAGCCACCCUCCACCUCCAUCCCCAGCCCCACCUCCUCCGCCACUUCCAUCGCGAUCCCUGCCACCACUCAUGGUGGACGUCGCAGGCAGCCAAACGUAGUGGAGCGCAAGUUCAACCUCGACUUUCUCACCAGUCCCCGUCACAAGACUACGUCUUUUCAGUACUCUCACUCCAUGUGA